AUGAAGAAACUGAUGGUCACAUUGGAGGCGAAAACUAACUACAUUAUACAGUACAGGAAUUUGAAACGAGUAAAAGCAAAUGGAUUGAUUGUUAAAAAGGUAAACAUUUUUAUUUUUAUUUAAUUAAUUAUAUUUAUUACAUUUUUGUAUUAUUUAUGUUACAGGUGCACAGAGUAAUGCAAUUUAACCAGUCGCCGUGGCUGAAAAAAUAUAUUGAUUUGAACACAGAGAUGAGGAAGAAAGCGACUAAUGAAUUUGAAAAGGAUUUUUAUAAAUUAAUAAUGAACUACGCUGUUUUUGGUAAGUUAUUAUUAUUAUUAUUAAAUCUGUUAUUAUAUUAUUAUAGGUAAAAAUAUGGAAUCAAUGAGAAGGAGGAUAGACAUUAAACUGGUAUCCAGCGAGAAGUGAAUGCAGAAACUGAUCAAUAAAAAGAUGUUUAAACACUGUACUUCCUACAAUGAAACUUGUGUGCUGUGUCACUGAAAAAUAAAAUAAUACAUUUAUGCAAACCAAUUUAUAUAGGUAUGUACAAUAGGGUGGUCCUCUAUUAUGUAUGAAAAAAAAAUAACCAAAUUUUUCAAAUUACUCCCCCCUAAUAAGUUCCAUUACUAAAACUAAUGAUAUAAAUAAAGUUUUGGACAAAUCAAAUAAAUUUAACCCCUGCCACAACAGCUCUGAAGUUACAAAUAUAGAACAUUUUUCAAAAUCAUUUUUUGUUAUAAAACCAACAUAACUCUAGAGAAAAGAAUCUCACGAUAAAUUCUUUAGAUUAUAAAUUUAAAGCUUUUUUAAAUAUUCGAACUAAAAGGUCAAAAACAAAAAAAAAUGAUAAUCAUUAUCGGCUAUCCGUCGAUUGCACAAAUAAAUAAUAUGCACUUUACCCAGUACCCAUAUUUUGCGAUUAUUACCUAAAGAUUAUUUUUAUGACUCAGACAAUCAAAUAAUAUAUUAUCUACAUUCUUUAUUCUCUACAUCACACAUUAUUACAAUCUAUACUUAUAUGUUAUCGGAUAUAUCAUGUCAUUGUAGUCAUUUUGCGAUUUAUUGAUUAAUUUCUCAGUUGACUUACUACAACGACCAGUGUCACACUAAAAUUGUUGAGUAUUANGGGAUAGUUUACGUGAGUCGAAAUAUAUUUUUUUAAUUGGAUAUAGUACAAAUCAAAUUGUUGGUAGUAAAUUACCAUCAAACAAACAAGUUUUGUCGGUACUAUUUUUUAAUAUGCGUGAAGUAAACUUAAAUUUGCAUCAAAGUGCUACAUUAGUGAUACAAGAAGCAAUCAUUUUUUGGCGAAAGGCACGCAUACCAACAAGAACAGAACAAAAGUGUGUGAACAAGCUGGAAGGUUUAUACAAAGAGUGGAGAAAUUUACAAAAAUUAGAAUAUAGAAAAAGUGCUACGAAAAUGGAAAAAAAUACGCAGUUUCUAUCAAAGUUAGAUGAUUUAUUUGACGUAGCGAGUGCAAAUGCAUUAGAUUUACUGUCUAUUGAGAAUGAUAAAGCAUUUUUAAUAGCCCAGAGACAGAAAGGUCGACCUGGGUCGUUGCUUGGUAUUGAUCAAAAAAUUAUAAAAAAAGAAAAAUCAUAGAAGAUAGCAAACAAGCGACAAAUAAAAGAAAAUAUUGUGCCCGUGAUGAACUUGUAGCUUUGUGUACGUUUUUAGUCUAUAAUAUUAAUUUUGAUUUCAAUAAAUGUAUAAUAAUAUAAAAUUAAUUUCAGAUAAAACUGUAGAACUACAGUUCUGAGGAGAUAUGUAGAUAGUGAGGAAUUUUAUGUACUUCUACGAUAACCAGGUAGUUCAUUUAAAAAGUAAUUAAGCAGAGGGCACGAUGAUUUUAUCUCCGAAAAAUUCGCAAUUGGACAAAUGUAAAGUCAGUGACAGGAAUGCUGUACAUUUUUUAAUUGCUGCUGCAGAAGCUUUGGGUAAUAAUGUUAAUACACUUAUUAUAAACCAGUCUUCAAUUCUACGCACUCGUAUAGAAUAUGGAUAAUAAGGAACGUGCUGAAAAAAUACUAUAACUUGGCAAAAGAAGAGGCAGUUAUACACUGGGAUGGAAAACUUCUUCCAACAUUAACGGGAAAAGGAUUAGUUGAUAGGCUUCCUAUAAUAGCUUCCGUUAAUGGUCAGAAACAACUGCUAGGAUACUGGAACUGGACAUGAACAAGCUAACGCAGUAUACCAUACCCUUGUAGAUUGGUGUCUAGAUGAAAAUGUACAAGCAUUUUGUUCUGAUACUACAGCAUCAAAUACAGGUCGCUUAAACGGAGCUUGUGUUUUGCUAGAGUAACUAUUAGAACACAAUUGGUAUAUUUACCAUGUCGCCAUCAUAUGUAUGAAAUUAUACUAAAAAGUGUGUUCGAUUUAAAAUUUGGGGAGACAUCGGGCCCAGACAUGGCCAUUUUUAAAAGGUUCCAACAUGCCUGGGGAAUAAUAAAUACUAAAAAUUAUAAUCCUGGCAUACAAAAUAGUAUAAUAAUGGAUUCUGUAAAUAACGUAUGUGAUGAUAUUAUCAAAUUUUCUAGAGAUCAACUUUUAGAAAAUCACCCAAGAGAUGAUUACCGAGAGUUACUAGAAUUAACAGUAAUUUUUCUGGGUGGAAAACUUCCUAAUAAUAUUCGAUUUAAAAUGCCAGGUGCCAUUCAUCACGCGCGGUGGAUGGCCAAAGCUAUUUAUAGCUUGAAAAUAUAUUUAUUUCGCGAACAAUUUCAUUUAACACCAAAAGAAGAAAGUGCUUUGAGAAGUAUUUGCGUUUUUAUUGUACGAUUAUACAUAAAAGUAUGGUUCAACUCACCAUCUUCAAUCAAUGCACCAUUACAAGACUUGAAUUUUAUAAAAAGUCUUUUACAUUAUACCUCUAUAGACAAAGAUAUAUCUCAGAUUGCAGUUAAUAAGUUUUGUGGUCACUUAUGGUAUUUAUCUGCAGAAUUAUGUGCUUUUGCUUUUUUCGAUGAAGCUGUGCCACUGGAGAUAAAAAGAAAAAUGGUUCAUGCUCUAAACAACGACAAAAGUUCAUCAGAAUUAAUUUCAAAUGCACAACGUUUAACUACAUUGCCAAAAAAUGCAAAUGAGUUAUUAGAAAAGGAAAUCGAUGAUUUUAUAUGUGUUAAUACUAAAACACUAUUUAAAAGAUUUUCCAUCAACACUAUUUUUUUGAACGAAGAUCCAAUUAAUUGGGAAAAUAAUGAAGACUAUUCUAAAACUUUGUUAGUUAUAAAAAAUAUUCCAGUAAUAAACGAUGUAGCAGAAAGAGGUGUAAAACUUAUAGAGGACUAUAAUGACAAAAUUACCAAAAACGAAUCUCAAAAACAAUACCUUCUACAAGUUGUUAGUGAUUACCGCAAAAAAUAUCCUGACCACAAAAAAGAAACACUUACUGCACUAUCACAAUAAUUUGGAUUUAUCAUUUAUAUUUAAAAUAUAUUACAGAUAAAAUAAUUAGGUAACAAUGUUAUUGUAAUUGUAAAUUGUUAUUAUAAAUAAUUAUUAGUUGUAUUUUAAGUUGCCUUAAAUAUUAAAAUGUUUAAGAUUAUUUUUUUUUUUACCUUGUAAUUAAAAUAUUUAAAAAAAUAAUAUAUUUGCAAAAUAUUAUAUAUGAAACAAAUUGUAGAAAAUGUAGUGUUCUAUCAUUUAUAUUUUAACACAUUUUUUGUAAGUAUUUUUUCCUGGAGUUAUAUUAAAAAAAAAUUUAAAAAGUUGAUAAUAUUGAAAAUUUUCUAUUUUUGUAAAUUUAGAGCUGUUGUGGCACGGUUUAAUAUUAAUGAAUUUGCCUGAAACUUUUUUUGUAGUGUUUUUUAGUAAUCAAACUUUUUUAGGGGGGGUAACCUGAAAAAAAUCACAAGCGAAAAAUAAGAACCACCCUAAUGUACAACAUUUAAAGUCUUAAAUUAAUGAUAUAAUUAUAAUGUUUUUAUUCAUAUGUUUAUAGGAUUUGUUGUGCUGGACAUCUCUAAGACCAAAAUGUAGGACUAUCAUUAUAAUUUUAUGAGAAAGGAUUUCAAAGGCACCAUCAACUUACUAUAUACCGAUACAGCUAAAUUUUUUUUUUUUUCUUAUACGUAUUAUAUUGUUUUACAGAUUCGUUGAUGUAUUAUAUUGAGACAAAAGAUUUUUACGCGGACCUAUUGAAAAAACCUGGGCUGUUGGAAUGCAUGGACACGACCAACCUACCUAGAGACCACCUAUGUUACGUCGCAGAGAGAAAGAAGGUGACGGGUCUUUUCUCAGAGGAGAUGGAUGAGAAGAUAACUGAGUUUUGUGCGAUGUGCGUAAAAUCUUAUUUGUACAGGGUAGAUGGGAAGAAGCAGAUCAAGGCAAAAGGUGAGUAGUGCUAAUAUUACAUAAAAUAUAAAAAUUUUGGAACAGUUCUGCAGUUGUAUGUGAUAAUGGCAUGAAACGAAACGACAUCAAACUGACAGCCAAGUCUUAGGACCUCCUGGCUCUAUCGGCUUAAACAGCCCUUUUCAGGGCUACCCUGACAUGCGUAGCAGUUACACAAAGAGUAAAAACAACAAAAUCCCUUACAAAAAAAUUAAAAAAACAAAAAAAAAUUAAAUCUUUAAACCUUAUCCAGUCAACAAAGAUCACAAACACAACAAAGAAUCUCAAAGAACAAUCAGAUUAGUGCAACUGAAUGUGGAAGGCCUGACAAGGGCAAAGUCUGAUAUUUUAGGCAAAAUGUUUAAGGAUGCAAAUGUACUGGCAAUCCUAGAGACUCACGUACCAAGUGACAAGACCAGUCGCCUGAGGGUGCCUGGCUUCAAUAUGGUCGACUAUAAAGGCCACGCCAAGCAUGGAAUGGCAACCUACGUAAAUCAGAACAUUAAAGAAUAACAUAUAAACCCCGACACCGGAAAUGAACACUUGAUUGGAAUAUCUGUAGGAAACCUUACAAUGUAUACAAACCUCCAUCAAAAAGGUGGUACAACUCAGUACUCCCAGUCAAACAAAACACUACAAUUUAUAUUGGUGACUUUAAUUCACAGAGCACUGAGUGGGGUUACCGAAGUGAGAACAUGGAUGGCGCAACACUCUCUCAUUGGGCAGCGCUCGUCUACAUCUGGUAUAUGACGCUAAGCAGGGUACUUUUCGAAUCAGGACUAUGGGGGACAACUACCUCACCUGACCUUUGUUUUGUAACAAGAGACAAUGAUAACCAACCUUUAAGAGUCUCAGGACAAAUCCUACCUAAAUUCACCAAAAGCCAACAUAAGCCAGUGGUUAUAGGCGUCAAUUUUCCAAAAAUCAAUAACCCCGAAAUGCCUAGGUGGAACCUUCAAAAGGCGAGAGGUGGAUUUCACCAAUUACAUGGAAAAGAAUAUAAACCGCAUCCCUCCCACUCCAAAAACUACUCAAAAUUUGUAAAACUUAUUAAAAAAGCAGCUGUCUUAGCGAUACCUAGAAGACAUAGACAGAACUACAUACCAUGCUGGAGCAAAGAGUGCGACUCACUAUUACACGAAUAUGAUCAAUCUGGAAGUGAGGUAACAGCAAAUCCGUUAAUGUCACUACUAGAUGAAGAGAGAAGAAAUAGAUGGUUAGUAGCAAUGGAAGAAAUGGACUACACACACUCAAGCAGGAAAAGCUGGUCUCUAUUACGAAAGCUUGGCGCUGCACAGCUCUCAAAGAAAGCUGGAUGUGUCGCAGCAAAUGAUAUCGCGAACACUCUCUUCAAAACUUCAAAUAUCAAACUGCAAAAAACUGAUAAAUCAGAAGUAAGAAGAAAACUCGUAGAGGAGCUAAGGAAGUGCGAAGAUAAGUCAGCACUCAUGUCAGACUUUUCUGAUGCAGAGGUCUAUAACGCUCUAAAAAAAUGUAAGAAACGAAAAAGCAGCUGGAACAGACGAAAUCCUGCCAAAGUUUCUUAAAAAUCUUGGACCCCGGAGCAUCAGCUGGAUAGCAAAACUGGUCAAUAAAAUAGUAAAUACGAAUACUCUCCCAAAAAUAUGGCGAGAAACGAAAGUGAUAGCUAUCCUAAAACCAAAUAAAGAAGCUACCAACCCUAGCAACUACCGACCAAUAUCCCUGCUGUCAACGACUUAUACAUUUUUUGAAAGAUUGAUUCUAUCACGAUUACAAUCUUUAGUGGAAGCAUCACUACCAAUAGAACAAGCUGGUUUUAGGUAUAAUAGAAAUUGUUGUGAUCAAACCCUCACACUAUCAACGCAUAUAGAAAAUGGCNGCGCAGUCUUCCUAGACCUCUCAUCAGCGUACGACACCAUGGAAGAAAGGGUUACUAUUGA